AUGAAGUGGUGCUGUUUCCUGUUCUGGUUCGUAUAUCGACUGAUUCUCGCCUGCCUGGCACAUCUCAACUGGUCACUUGCGUUGUAUACAAAUUGUAUUUACUUUACUCUGUGGAAAAGUUAUGAUUUGUUAUGGUUCUGGAUGCAUCUUACUCUUUGCACGUGUUUUCAAUCUUUACGUCGUGAAAACUAUAUGGUCGUAUGGAGUAAUUUGAUUUGGAAGCGGUACACGAAACAUCCAGAUAAGACGUACAAGCAACUCUAUCUAGCUCUUUAUGGCGGCAAAGGUACAAAAGCCGAGCGUGCUUUGCAGCGAAUGGACACCAUCGAAAUUCGGGAACGAGAGCAGCAAAGGCUAAAAUCAGAUGGCAGUUCGUCGUCUGCGUCUUCCGAAAGUGAGAACGACAUUGACGACAAUGAUGUCGCUUUAACUGGCAAAACAACAAUGUGUGGUCCACGAGUGAUUCCCGAAGUCAUUGCGGAGGAGGAAGCUGAGUGCCGCAAGUAUGUAUAUAUCGGACAGGCCGUUGAUUCUCAAGCUGAUUUGGAACUGAGGCAACGCGGCGGUGCAGAUGAAGAAAACGAUCUUCCAGUUCCUGUUCGACCCUCGCGUCCUUCAAAAGAGUCGUCAGCCAGCAACAGUGCAGCAGGCAAUGGCCAGUUCAAUACGCUGCUCGGAAAUCCGUUAAAGAAUGGCGGGAAUGCCACGCAGAACAGCGUGGCUUUCAAGGAUACUAUUCCUGUCCGCCCAAGUCCUCGACGAAGUGACAGCGAGGAGUCCAAGAGGAGUGUAUGGAGUCGUGUCAUCAAUAUAAUACCAAAGCCUUUAAAGAGCAAAGCAAACGGGAAAGGCGAGGUCGACGCAAAUGUUUUGGAUAUCCUGGUGCCAAAUUUCACGAACACGUAUGAUGUUCUGGACGAAAAGGAACGUGAAAAACGAGCAAAGCGAGACCGGAAAGCACUAACACAGCGAGUACGACGCCGCAUCCGCGAAGAGCUGCGAGAAGCAGCUAGACAAGAACGACGACGAAAAAAAAUCGCCGACUCUAUUGAGCUGUUGCUACAAUUUCUGAGAAUGAUCACCUCAUUCGCUAUAUUGUAUUUGAGGCCGGGACAACGCGCUUACGAUAACUACGAGCUUCUACUCGUGUUCAGAGCAACCACAUUCCUCGACGUUGGUAUGUUCUGGACUAAUGUUAUGUGGGUGUAUUGUCUACAGUGGCAUCUCUGCUGCCGGUUGGGAUGUGUGCGAUUCUGGCUGUGGUUAGCAUUGUUAUCAACGAUCGCACUUGUGGCCAUGAUCAUGCCAAUGAGCUACGCUAUGAAUGAACUGGAUUUGACCAAAGUGGUGAAGGAAAUGAUGUUCAAAACUCAAGAUUCUAGCUGUUUCCACCUCAAACGUUCUGCAAGUCCAACCUUUCACUGUACAAAUUUGCAACAAUUUUUCGUAUAUGCGAUACAUUCCACAUGA